GCUAGGCAGCCCCGCUCCCGGCGGCGGGGGGGACGCCCCGGCGGCCCCUCGGCACCCCCGCCUCGCUGGCAGGCCGGGGCGCACCCGCCGGCCCCCUUCCCGGCAACCGGAGGGGGAAGCUUAACAUUUUGCUUCUUUCCCCCACUAACGAGCCGAAGGUGGGCAGAGGCCCCCCAGCCCUGGUCGCUAUCUAGAAGCGGGUCUGCUCUUCCUUGCCGUGGAAUAGAGCCUCUUGGAGCUCCCUCCGUACCUGUUUAGGGGAGAGGUGUUCUUAGACCCCAGUUUCUGAGGGUUGUGAGAAUAACCCUUACCACCUACUCCCCUCAACUACUGAGGAAAUUCCUCCCCCAAGGAGAGGAGACAGCCCUUCCCUAGCUCAUCCCCAGACCAGGCAGCAAGGGGAGCCUCCGCAGAAGAAACCCCGUAUGCCCAAGAGAGGCAGUCCCCGAGACAGAAAUAAGCAGGAGCUCCAGAUACUUACCUAGUAAUUUUAAUUAUUUUCAUCUGCUCAGCAGGCAGCAGAGAGAGCAAAACAAGGGAGAGAAAGCAGAGGCAGGUUUAGAUCUUCUUUCCUUUUCCAGUUGCUGUUAACCACUGGAGAUAAAGGUAAUUUCCAAUAUUGACCUCAUCUUCCUUCAUCCCAAGGAAGAUCCCUAAUCCCAACAGGGUCUUCUUCAAAUACCCUGUGCAAGGAGAGAAGACACGCCUCCUAGUUACAGGGAAAGGAAAAGGCAGAUUUCACUGAUAAUAUCCACAGACAUAGCAAGAAUUUUUUUCAGAGGAAGAGAAUUGCCCACCCUUAAGGACAGGGUGCACCUAAAGGAAAGAGAAGAGAGAUUUACAGGUAGGGAGACUGGGGAAAUUGAUCUCUGAAAUAAUCCGGCGAUCGGUGAAAAGGCUGUCUCCCAGGGGAACACUCGUUUAGUAGUUAGCUGCCAAAAAGGAGAGAGAGUAUCUCCAUCCUGGGAUAAACCCAGCAGUUUUAGGGGACUGACAAUCCCAAGCAGAUUCUUUUAAUACUUAAGAUCCUGAUUUCAUCCGCAAUCCCUUCGCCCUCGAAAUAUUUCUUGAAGAAGCUCUUGGAAUAGACAGCAACACUCUGAGGAUGGGUCUCAGAGAAGGAGUGUGAAGGGCAGCGCCCCAGAAGCCAGCACUGAAGAUAAUCCAUCUCCCUCCAGAAAAUCUUCCAGACAGAAUAAUCCUGCUUCCAGCAUCAUGGCCUCUGACCUGGAAAGCAGCCUCACUUCCAUAGACUGGCUCCCACAGCUUACUUUAAGGGCUACUAUUGAAAAAUUAGGGGGUUCCUCCCAAGCAGGACCUCCAGGGGCAGCCCGAAAGUGUCCCCCAGGCUCACCGACGGAUCCCAAUGCUACCCUGAGCAAGGAUGAGGCUGCAGUGCAUCAAGACGGGAAGCCACGUUACAGCUAUGCCACUUUGAUCACAUAUGCUAUCAACUCCUCACCUGCCAAGAAGAUGACACUGAGUGAGAUCUACCGUUGGAUCUGUGACAACUUUCCCUACUACAAAAACGCUGGUAUUGGUUGGAAGAACUCUAUUCGUCAUAACCUCUCUCUGAAUAAAUGUUUUCGGAAGGUGCCUCGACCGAGAGAUGAUCCUGGGAAGGGCUCUUAUUGGACAAUAGACACGUGUCCGGAUAUAUCUCGCAAGAGGCGGCAUCCUCCAGAUGAUGACAUACCACAAGACUCCCCAGAGCAAGAGGCAAGUAAAAGCCCCCGAGGGGCUGUUCCAGUCAGCACAGAAGCCUCUUUGCCACCUGAGGCUACCCCUCAGCUGUCACUCCAGAGCACCACCCCCAUUGCCAACUACAGUCAGCAGAGUGCAGGGCCUGUGGAUGUUGCCUCUACUGUGGCAGGGGGACAGGGCCGUGAAGGGGCCGAUGUGCCACCCCCUCUGUACAGUGCCAACCAUGACUUCAAGUUCUCCUACUCUGAGAUCAACUUCCAGGAUCUUAGCUGGUCCUUCCGAAAUCUUUACAAAUCCAUGCUGGAGAAAUCAUCUUCCUCUCAGCACGGUUUCUCUUCUCUCCUUGGUGACAUGCAGCCCUCCAACCACAACUACUACAUGUACCAGCAGCAGCAGCAGCAAGGCCCCUCAUCAGUGGGUGCUGCUCCCCCACUCCACACUCCAACCCCAGAAGGUUGCCCAUCCCAAGGGGGAAAGCAGCAAGGUGGUGAAGGUUAUGGCCCUCCACCAGUGAUGUCCAUGCACCCACCCCCAAUGCAGCAUGGAGGCUACCACCAGCAUCAACAACAUCACCCGCACUCCCACCCACAGCAGCAGCCACAUCAGCACCAGCAGCAGCAGCAGUCACAGGCUUCAAUCAACAGCGCUGGCUUUGCAUUUCCCCCUGAUUGGUGCUCCAACAUUGAUUCCCUGAAGGAAAGCUUCAAGAUGGUAAACCGGCUGAACUGGUCUAGCAUUGAGCACUCCCAAUUCUCAGAGCUGAUGGAGAGUCUGCGCCAGGCUGAGCGGAAGAACUGGACGCUGGAUCAACACCAUAUUGCCAAUCUCUGUGACUCCCUUAAUCACUUCCUUACCCAGACUGGUCAGCUCCCUCAUCUGGUUGGCCCACAGCAGCCUCCCCGAAUCUCUGAGUCUUGUGCCCUCAACAGUGGCAAACAGGAGCAAUCCAUGAACCAAGUGAACUCCUAUGGCCAACCCCAGCCUCCCCAUCUCUUCUCCGGGCCAUCUCCUAUGUACCAGAUUUCCACCCAGGAUUCUCCAGGUUAUAAUCGCCCAGCUCACCAUCUGGUCCCUCGGCCUCCAGGGCCUCCUCCGGGUGCCAAUGAGGAAAUCCCUGAUGAUUUCGACUGGGACUUGAUCACCUAGCGAGUUACAGACUUGAUAGCCCGUCCUUUGGGAAGGACGUGGGAGGGGGGACGUGGGGUGAAUGGUGCCAGCACCACCCUCCCCAGCCUCCCUGCCUUGCCUGUACAUAGAUAUAUAUUCUCUAUCUCCGCCAGAGAAGCCACCGCAAGAUGCUGCCGAAGAUAAUCCUUCCUUGCGUCCUGUUUUAUCUUCUUUUUUUUUUUUUUUCUUCUUUUGUUUAUUAUUAUUAUUGUUGUUAUUAUUAUUAUUAUUCGCAAUAAUUGAGCACAGCCCUCCCCCUCCUCUGCUGGCCUCGGACGCAUCAGAUCGGCUCUUUGGUGUUGCGUGGUGCUCUGUGGAGGGCGGAAAGAUGGGUCCUUGGUGCCAGGAAAAGACCUCGGAAGGCUGAAUCCUCGAGUGCAUCUUUCUCUGCCUCCCUCAUUUUGCGUUUAACAAUCCCUCUUUCCCUUCAAAGGUGGCCGGUGAAUCUGUCGUAUUGGCUACUGGAGUGAGAGAGCCUUAGUGGACCCUGGGAGCCUAAUAGUUAUGUUGUUUCGUAAAUGUUGUGAAGGUCAGGGGGGCUAAAGGGACACUUGGAGGGGUGAUCUUAGCUCUGUGAACUUUCUCACACCAGCAGGAAAAGCAAGAAAAAGGAGAGUUCCCGAGGACAAAGAGAGGGGGUGAUCCCUGAGGUAGGGAGAGCUGAGCUGAGCUGGGAGGGUAGACCUGAGUUUGGAGAAGGGAGGAUGUAGCAGAGAUGGUAUUUCAGCAGAGAAGUUGAGUUUUGGAAUGCGGUGCCAUCCGUGAGGACUGAGAGAGGUUUUGAGGGAAUCCUGACCUGUUUUCUGCACUGCCUUUUGCAGUCUCCAGGUGAAGACUUACGUACCCAUCAGGUAAAGAGCAGUCAAGGGUGUCACAUGUGAUUCAGCAAAUUCUGUUCCCCAGAGCUUUUAAUUUCACCCCCAACCCCUUGAAGCCCUUCUUUAAAAUAUGUAGUGAGGCUCGUACUUGCAUAUGCAAAUUUGGAAGGUUGGUGUUUUUUUUUUUUCCCCCCCAUCAGUAUUCGUUCCGUUAUGAU